AUGUCUCCGAGCCAACCAACCCUUCAGGAAGAAUCAGCCCAUGUAUUCCAUGAGAUUUUGUUGAACGAUGCAAGACUUGCACUGCCAGCCAAGGUCCACGAACUUGCCAAAAGGACUGUAUUCGAUUCGCUUACCAUUCCUACGCCAUAUAUCCCUGUCCCGCUCAAAGUGACCGAGUCAAGCGCUGCACUCUGGGCUUUGGCGGCUACGUAUGCCAACGCUAUCGUGCGUGAACGUUACGCCAUUGAACAGAGUGUUACCGUCAAUACCGACCUUGCUAGCCUUUUUCUGGUCUCAGGUCUAGUAGCCCGCGUUGAUGGGAAGCCUCUGACCGAUGCUGAUCUCGCCGCGCGUUAUUCCGCAUACGACUUGGGUCACAUCUUUGAGAGGUGGCGGUUCAACUGUACCAAUGUCUACCCGACGAGAGACGGACGGUUUUUCCAUCUCCACGGCAGCCUCAAUUCGGACAAAACUCUCACUAUGAUGAAACUUCCUCUCCAUCGACCUGAAAUGACCGACGAGAUGGAGAUAAUCCAGGAAUAUUGCAAGGCGGUAUCUCAACACGAUAGCCAGUGGCUAGACGUGGAAGCGAAUGAGCAUUGGCGACAGGCGGGUACCAUUUGUCUCACCCCCGAUGAGUUUCACGCGUCGGAACAAGGAAAAGCCAUUGCAAACGACGCCAUAUAUUCUCUGGAGCAAGUUGACAAACACAUCAUACCGCCGGUACCGUAUGCCUCUGGUGGUCAGGCAAACAAAUACCGCCCAUUGGAAGGAGUAAAGAUACUCGAUAUAUCACGCGUCAUUGCAGCGCCAACUAUUUCAAAACUUGCCGCUCUUUAUGGUGCCACAGUACUAAGAGUGUCGUGUGCAUCCGAGCCCGAGCUUGGGUUGUUAUUAGUCGAUGGCAAUCUCGGGAAACUCGACACGUCGAUCAAUCUCAAGUCUACGGAGGGGAAAUCGCAGUUCCUGGAACUAUUGCAAGACGCUGAUGUAGUUAUCGACGGAUAUCGUCCUGGCGCGUUGGAUAAACUUGGAUUUGGAUCUCGAUAUCUGCAAGAAAUAGCAAAGCGGCGCCAGAAGGGCAUCGUCAUCUUGAGGGAGAACUGUUACGGGUGGCAUGGUCCCCACGCACACCGGAGCGGCUGGCAGCAGAUCUCCGACUGCUUCACGGGCGUCAGCUGGCUCGUCGGCAGGUUUUUCGGGCUCGACGAGCCGGUGGUCCCGCCUUUGCCCAAUUCAGACUAUCAGACCGGCAUUAUAGGCCUGAUUGGCAUUCUUGCUGCCGUGGACAGGCGGGCAAAUGAAGGUGGCAGUUAUCUGGUAAAUGUCUCACUCAACCAGUACAACCAAUUUCUCCUUUCUUUGGGUGAGUAUCCAGAGGAGACUCAAGCAGCCCUUCGAGCUCAACACCAGGACCUGAAGCUCCGACAUUAUCAUACCAUCUUCACAGCGACACAAAAAAUGAUUGUGUCCCUGCAAAGUUCUGUGCCAAGUUUGUUCAAGAAUAGCAAUUGGGGUAACAUCGAUUCGGAUUUUCAUAAGGAGGGCGGAAUAUUGGAAAAGCUGACUUAUGUUCUUCCACCUACAACUUUUGACAAAACCAAGCCUGCCUACGAUGUUGGAAGCUGUUUUCCAGGUACCCACGAGCCACGCUGGCCUUGGUAG